UGAAAGGGUAUUGUACUGCUGGAGCAGACAGGGAGACUCUUAUGGGACGUAGGUGACAAUUAACAGAGUGGAUCCCCUAGCAUGAGGGUUUGGUUUGGGAUACUUACAUCACACAAGUAAAGAUUUAAGGGAGAGGGGAGGGUGAGUUGCCGCAGGCUGUCAGCAUUAGCUAAGUGGUUGCCUUGUCUCUGCAGAGCGAUGAUGUCCUAAUAAAGCUGCACAUGACCUGGGCAUCUUCGUCCCAUAUGGAGCACAUGGCUUCGGAUGUACAAAAGACAGCUCCAUGCCAGGGUCUAGUCACCCUAGCUGCUGUAUCCUCAUCAGACAAUCUGAGCACCCAGAGGUCUGAGAGUCCAGCACCUACACUGACUCAAGGGACAGAACCGGGAGCCAGUCAGGAUGAAGCUAUGUUUGUGCAUGCCCAGUCCUAUGAGGAUCUCACAGGAGAAGUGGAUGUCUCAGGUCCUGGAACCCCCGGGGCAGAGGAUGACGUGGAACCCUGCAGCAUGGAGCAGAUCAGUCGAGACUUCAGCAACCUCAGCACUCAUCUGAGUGUCACCUCUUCACAGGGUGAAGAACAGUGCAGGGAAUCGGUCUCUGACCUGGGCCGGAGAGAUUCUGCCCGUUCCUUUAGUUGUGGGGAUGAGAGUGAUUUGGGAACAAGGGCCCUGGAUGACUGGUACCAGCACCAGAAACACGUCUUUGUGUUGAGUGAAGCGGGGAAGCCUGUGUACUCCCGUUACCAGUCUGAGGAAGCCCUGUCCAGCACUGCCGGCGUCAUGAUGGCGCUAGUAUCUUUCUUAGAGACAGACAAGAAUGCAAUACGAUCCAUCCAUGCAGAUGGAUACAAGGUGGUAUUUGUGAGACGGACCCCUUUGGUGCUUGUAUCGGUGUCUCACACUAGACAGUCAGAACAAGAGAUCGCUCAGGAGCUUCUUUAUGUUUAUUACCAAAUACUCAGCCUUCUGACAGGGACGCAGCUUCAUCACCUUUUCCAGCAGAGGCCUAGUUACGAUCUACGGCGAUUGCUCUCUGGUUCAGAACGUAUUACUGAUAGCCUGCUUGACUUGAUGGACACAGACCCAAGCUUCCUCUUGGGAGCAGUUCGGUGCCUACCUCUUGCCCCAGCGGUGAGAGACACUAUCAGCUCUUGUCUUCAGCAGGCCAAGGCCAAAAGCUUGGUAUUUUCCAUUCUGAUGGCUAAGAACCAGCUGGUUAGUCUGGUUAGGCAAAAGGAGCAGUUCCUACACCCUAUUGACCUUCACCUACUAUUUAACCUGGUAACUUCCUCAAGCUCUUUCAAGGAAGGUGAGGCCUGGACCCCCAUCUGCCUCCCCAAAUUCAAUCCAUCAGGCUUUUUUCAUGCUCACAUCUCUUACCUGAGCCAGAACCCAGAGCUUUGUCUUGUGCUGGUUUCAACAGAUCGGGAGGACUUCUUCACAGUCUCUGACUGCAAAAGACGUGUAGUGGAACGGCUUGAAAAGCGUGGGGGCUGGGGGCCCCUGCGGGAGGCACUAGAGAGCCCUUUCUAUAAUGUAGCCCAAGUUGGAGUACCUGAGCUUAGGCAUUUCUUAUAUAAAUCUAAAAGCUCUGGUCUCUAUACCAGUCCAGCGAUGGAUGCCCCCUAUGAUACAGAUCAAGAGAUGAGGCGACUUGUGUCUCUCUACCAGUAUCUACACAGUAAGGCACAUUGCAGCUCCCGUCCACUCACCACCAUCUAUCACAUGGGACUGCAGGAGAAUAUUUUGGCCUGGGUCACAGAAGCAUUUGAACUCUAUGUAUGUUUUAGUCCUUUGGGAACCAAAUCAUCAGCUGUGAGUGGUAUUUCCCGCCUCCUGCGCUGGAUUCGUAAGGAAGAGGAGCGGCUGUUUAUUCUAAGUUCCCCCACCUACUAAAUUCCACUGCCCUAACAUUAAUGAAUAGAGUCCCUUCUAACGUAACAGCAAACCAAUCUUUAAGGUCCUCUAUUUUUAACUCCUAUUUCAAUAUAAUUUACUAGAAUCCUUAACUAGUGGUCCAGUGACAUAUGAGAGUCCUGAUUAAAUAAAAUCUUUUAUAUCAUCAAAGUACUAGACCCCUUGUGCCCAGUGGCAGUUCUAGAAACCUUAUUAUGGGGGGGGGGGCAAACACUUUUUGGUGGAGAUACGGUUGUUUCACAGAUGGGGAGAGGGUGGGUGAAGGUAUAGUUACGUGUGUUCCAUGUGCAGGGCCAGGGCUGGGGAAGGUGCAGUCACAGGUGUUCUGAGGGCAGAGCCAGGUGGUCUGGGGGUGGGUUUAGGCAGUUGUUAGACGUGGCGUUCCUUAAAGGACAAGGGCAGGGAGUAGUCAAUUCCAUGUUUUUACGCCUCCUCAGCCCAAUGGAGGUGCAGAAUAGAAUAUUGGGGUUGCUUUGCACCCCUUGCUCCUCCCGCAAAACCACCACUGUUUAUUCCCUAACACCAUUGAAUAGAGUCUCUAUAUCUUCAUAUUCUACCUUCUAAACAUCUUCUCUCAAUAGGUGAAAAACUACACACACUGAAAUAAUCACCACAUCAUGAGUGAGUCAUUACUUCCAUGCGAAAUAGUAGAACCACUAAAAAAAUGAAAGUUCUCUGCCCCAAAACUAGUGAUGAGAAGUUUGCUUAGGUAGUAUUUCCCCCUUAACCAUAAAGAAGAUACAUCAUCUACCAUUAUUGCAAAGGCUUAAAGGGACAUGAAAUCUCAAUUUUUCCCCCCGUAUGAUUCAGAUAGAGAAAGCAAUUUUAAAUAACUUUCCAAAGUACUUCUAUUAUUUAAUGGAUUCAUUCUCUUGGUAUCCUUUGUUGAAGAAUCAGCAGAGCACUACUGGGAACUAGCUGAAAACAUUGGGUGAGCCAAUAACAUUAGUCAUAUUUGUGCAGCCACCAUUUGAAUAAAGGACACCAAGAGAACAAAACAAAUUAGAUAAUAGAAGUAAAACCAUAUGGUCUAUCUGAAUCAUAAAAGAACAAUUUUGAGUUUCAUGUCCCUUUACAUCUCAACCUACAUUUAAACUCCACUCAAAACCUCUUAUACAAGUCCUGUCCAUUGACUUCCCAAGUCCCCCCAUCAUUGAGCAGUACCUUAGUCAACACUUUUAUUACUCCCCAACUGAAAAGGCUGCUUGUGUAACUAAGGGGAACAUCUAACUACUGUAACAUUAUGUCAUGAACAUGUAAAACUGCCCCAGCUUCACAAAAUGCUUAUUUAUUAGAAUCCUCCAACUAGUAAACAACCCUGUUCCAACCUCACUUAUAAACCAAUAUCUCUGAGAAUGUUCCCAAAAGACCCCUCCAUCUUGAUAUCACCAAGAUCUUCACCAAGUAACAGAUUGUUCCAUACCUGUCUAGUCGAACCAUCACUUACUGAAGCACGUUCCCCCAUCCUUAUUGCUUUUCUUCUGAUUAAAAAGACAUCUUACUAUAAAUUUCAGUACAGAGAUAUAUUUUUUCCUUACAUCCCAGUUACUUGCUCCCCCCAUAAAGAAAUAACUUGUUUGACCAUCAAGAAGAGGAUUCUACAUACGAGAAUGUCUUGAAUUAAUCAAAUCUGAAAAACAGAAAAUACAGAGAACACCAUCUAAGUGUAGUAGUUGAUAAAAAAAACACAUGCUUUUAAUUAAAGGGACACUAAAACCAAUUAUUUUUUCCUCAUGAUUCAGAUAGAGCAGCAUUUUAAGCAAUUUUCUAAUUGACUCCUAUUGUCAAUCUUUCUUCGUUCUCUUGCUAUUUUUAUUUGAAAAAGCAGAAAUGUAAGCUUAAGAGCUGGCAAAUUUUUGGUUCAGUACCUGGGUAGCACUUGCUGAUUGGUAGCUAAAUGUAGCCACCAAUCAGGAAGCAUUACCCAGGUGCUGAACCAAAAAUGAGCUUUUCAGUUACUGUUAGAAAAGGAAGUGCAGAACACUGUUAUAUUCCACACAGCCAUUGGCUGCACACUCUAGUGACCUAUUUAUAACUGUCCCUAAUUGGCCACAGCAGAGAAGGUAACCUAAGUUACAACAUGGCAGCUCCCAUUGUUUUAUAGACACUAAAACUAUACACUUAUUUUGUCAACAUUUAAACACCUAAUAAAACUUAAAAAAAAAAACACAUCUACUUGUUAUUCUCAGACUAAUCUUUUCUUUGACUGCAUCAUUCUAUCUAGCAUUUAUUUAGUGUUUGAUAUCCUUUUAAUAGCAAAUCUUUAUACAAUUUAUUGCGGGCCAUUAGGAAGAUAUAUUCAUAUACACUACAUGGGUUAACUCCAAUGCACUUAUCUAUUAAAGCCAAAGAAAAUAGCUUAAUUUGCUAAUGGACUUCCACAUUCACAAAGGAAAUAAACCUCCCAUCUAAAAAAAAAAAAAACAGAACAAAAAAAGGAUUACUCUUUGGUAAAUCUACUUGAUUUUCUAAACUAAAAACAGUCAUUAUACUAUCAUAUAUUUGUAUCAUUUUUAUAUCCACAAUACCAAAGUUUAUUUUUAUUAUUUAAACCCACUCAAAAAAUAUUACUUCAUUAUUACAACAUAUAUUUACUGACCAAAACCUUUUCUUAAUGUAUGCAAUAAAUGUUCAUCUUUAUUUAAAACA